GCUCCCGGGGGAGGCCAACCGCGCCGGGAGCCGGGCGUGAGACCCGCGUCAGAGCCUUUGUCGUUCGCCCUGUGCAGGAGGGAGAUACCCAGAGGAGAAGCAAAAAUGCAGCUCGGAGAAGGGGAGGGCCGGCUCGCCCCUGGCACAGUGGGGCUCUGCUGUAGCUGCCACCCUUGUCUGCUCGCUUCCCUUACCUGUAAUGCCGCUCCCCCCUCCAUCCUCCUGCCCACGGGCAAACGCCGGUCUCUCCCCAUUUUCCACCCAGUGCCUCUGAUGGCUGUUGGAGACAGGAAGCUUUGCACCCCUGCCACUGCCUUGUUCCCCAAAAACUACACCACACUUGCUCCCCACACACCGUUGGGGGUGCCCCGGCAGUGCACCCCACAGAAGCCCUCCCCUGUCUGUGCCCCAGCACCCCUGGCUAGGCUCAGGGCUGAGCAGGCGCAGGCAAGCACUGCAGGUUAUGAGUACAUCUGAUGGUACAGGGAAGGGGGCUCUCAUCAAGCCCAAAAGAAAUGCAUGCAGCUGCAUAAGUAACUGUUGUCUGUGAUGAAAAUAUCUUCACCUUUUGCUUUUUACUGCAAGCAUUAUUUAUCCCAGAUAAUAGCUGGGAAGACGAAGAUCUGAACACCUUGUUCUGAAUUGCAGGUUUGUGCUGUCAUGCCUGGCGUGACCAUGCAGAGAGCGCGUAGCCACCGACAGCAUUGCAGGAGCCUGAGAAGCUGAAAGUAUGGAGAGCUGCACUAGGAUGAGUCCUGUAACCUCCACAGCUUGGUACAGCCAUGGCAGGAAUACAGAGCUGAGUGGUCAGAAGAGAAAAUAAGUAGCCAAGGAUUCCUGAUUGCUGAACCUGACGUAACUGCACUGAUGGACCAAGGAGACGAACAAGAUCAUGAGGCCUCAGAGGAGACACACAUGGAUGAUGAGCUAAGUCCCCUUCCAGAUCACCGUGCAAGCACAGAUCUGCAGGAUGUGUUGGCAGCGGGAUCCAGAGGAGGAGAGGAACAGUUGGGGAACAGCCAUGGAAGUCGGUGCGAUUCCUCAGGGGCUCAGCAAGGUUGCUGUGAGGAAGAAGGGGUGACUAAGCUGCCUUGUUCUGAUAUCAGCCUGGUAAAAAGGCGGGACAGAAGGACAUCAGCAGCCUCACAGCGCGCUCCGUGUGCAGGGCGGCCCACCAUCUGCUCUGAGUGUGGCAAGGGCUUCAGUCGGAGCAUCCACCUCAUCCAGCACCAGCGAAUGCACACUGGGGAGCGCCCGUUCCUGUGCGGGGAGUGUGGCAAGGGCUUCAGCCAGAGCUCCCAUCUCAUCCAGCACCAGCGGGUCCACACGGGCCAGAAACCCUACACUUGUGCUGAGUGCGGGAAGAGCUUCAGCCAGAGCUCCAACCUCCUCAAGCACCAGCGCAUCCACACCGGGCUCAAGCCCUACAUGUGCAGUGAGUGUGGCAAGAUCUUCAGCGACAGCUCCACCUGCAUCAAGCACCAGCGCAUGCACACAGGCGAGCGGCCCUACAAGUGCCCAGCCUGCGGGAAAAGCUUCAGCCAACACUCCCACCUCCUUCAGCACCAGCGAACCCAUGACGGCAUCCGGCCUUAUGCCUGUGGGCAGUGUGGCAAACGUUUUGGGCAGAGCUCUGACCUCAUUAACCACACUCGUACCCAUACUGGUGAGAAGCCUUACAAAUGCAGCCAGUGUGGCCGGGGUUUCAGUGGCAACUCCAACCUCAUCAAGCAUACCCGCAUCCACACUGGGGAGCAGCCGUACCGCUGCAGCCGGUGUGGGGAGAGCUUUCGUUUCCAGCCCCAGCUGGUGCGCCACCAGAAGCACCAUACAGACUAGCUGGGGGAGUGGAGAAGGCUGUGUGGACCACAGGCAGCUACCUGGUGUUGGGAAGAUGCACAGCUGCUCCCUGGACACCUCAGAUGGGACAUGAGUUUUGCGGGAGGGAGCCCUCAGAGCCUUGUCCUCUUGUGUUCUGGGUAACUCUGGGGGCUCUGCCAGAAUUACUUGAGCAGAGGGAGGCUGCUGUGAAACAAACUAUGUUCCCUGUGGUGCGCUGGUUGUUCUGAGCCCCUCUUUUGGGGAUAGGGAAAGGAAAGGUGCUUAUAUGGUACGGUACAUUCAAGGCCAGAGAGGAGAGCAUAGAAUCAGUGCCUUUCUCUGUUAUUUCUAGCAGGGAAUGAUUUUUAUCCCAGUAAAAACCAGCUAAAAUCUGUACCUGUUUGCUGUACAAGCUGCCUGGGUUUUACCACAUGGUAAGGCCACAGCCUGGGAUGAUCACUCCCUUCAGAAUCUGCAUUUCCUACUUGCCAGUAGUCUUGGUUUUGGGUGAUGUUAGUACCUAUUUAUUUUAAAGCCCCACAAGACUGUGCUGGGUGCCUCUGCAUACAUGUGCUUUAUUGGGGUGUCUGUGGAGCGGUAUUUUUGCUGGGUUGUAUGGUGGUUAAAUUGACAGUUCCACAAAUGACAGCUUACUCCUCAGCAGCAAUUAAGUAAAUUAACAUCCUAAUGGGUAUUUCUCUCAGAUUCUUGUUUAGGUGCUUUUGUGGGUGGCACUUUAUGAAUGUUUUUAUAAGGCUCUUUAAAGUAUUUAGGAUGACUUUUUUAACUGUGGUGUUCUAAUUGUCAGUUGAUGAGCAGAAGGGUGACAUUUGAAAAAUAAGCUAUGUCAAACUUGAUUUUUUAUUAAAUGUUAAACGUUUUUUCCUGCAUAAAACUUUUUAACUCAAACGCUAUGCUUUUGUGUUGUUACUGAUUAUGAAGAGGUAAUUAUGACACCGAUUUCUAGAAUUCAUGUGAUAUUUUUGCUAGUGGUUUCGACAUCUUCAAAUAAUGACUUUCUAAGAAAUCUGGGGGUGGCAGGAUUCUGAGAAAGCAGAAGGAACUGACCUCUGAAGAGAUCUUCUUCACUUGGAGAAGGAGAAAACUACUACUGGGAGUCUGUCCUUAAAAGAAAUCCUCGCUCAGGCGGCCGCUUGGUAUGGGGGAGGAGAGAGCUGGCAGUAAUAACAAAGAUGUUAAUAUAUCUAGCGCGGAAGAACUCUGUGUAAUGAACGUGGCAGUGUAUGCUGAAAUGCCUGUUCCACCCACAGAGCCAAACAGAAGAAAUUACAGUGUGCUUUAGGCAAGAAAAUGAAGUGAUCAAAUCUGUUGUGCUGUGGAGUUCUUCUUUUUGGCAUCGCAUAGAGUCCUAAUGCUAACAAUGAGCUUUCGCGUGGAGGUGAGCUCCCAGAUGGGAGAUAUCACUAAGGGCAAAGAGAACGUCAGCUCAAAGAGCACAGAUUCCUUCAAGCAAGCUGUGAACAGAAGGAAUGUGACUGGAAUGACUGGCUGAGUAAUGUGGAUAUACACCCAUACCUCCCUUAGCCACCAGCUGCUGUCACAGAGGGCACAGCUUCAUGCUUCAUUGGCAGUAGAUCUGGUUUAAGUCAUUUGCUCUCACUCUACUCCCACCUUCUCCCCUAGAGCCUGAAUUAAUACAGCUGUGCUGAGUAACUGUUGACACAGCUGUGCCCUAAGUCAGAUCUAUGAGGUGAUCCACUUUUUUUAAAUGGCAGGCUUUGGA